UCCAUUAUUAUCUGGUUUCUCUUGACAACAAAUAGCGGCAAUAUGGAGUACACUGGAAGUAAAUAUGCUGGCGAUUACAAGAAUGGAAGAAUGGAAGGGAAGGGAAAAUAUGAAUUCCCAACAGAAACAAAAUAUGAAGGUGACAUGAAAGAUGGAAUGUUUCAUGGGAAAGGAACAUUAUUUUUUCCUAAUGGUAGUAAAUAUGAUGCUACCUGGGAAAAUGGUAUUGCAGUGGAGGGAAAAUACACAUUUGCUGAUGGAUUAGCAUAUGAAGAAGAAAACUGGGAAUAUUGUGAUGGCUAUGACAGACGAUUUUACACUGAAAUAUGCAAAGGUUUAAAACCGGCAGGCAGGUCACAACUAACAAACCGUGUUCCACCUCGGGAAAUCCCUGAAGGCUGCUAUGAUUGUGGAGAUGGAUUUUACAAUCCCAAAACUAGAGUGGUUGUAGAUUACAACCAUAAGUUCCUCAGGAAUGCAGAUGAUGAUGAACAUGACUGGAUCGUUAAAACAUGUCGGAAAGGCUGGGAUGAGUAUGUUGGAUUUAAGAAGUCAGCUGCUUAAUUGUUUUGUUCUAUGUAUAUAAUGACAUCACAUUUUUAUGUACAGAUUGAUCAUAUUUUGUAAAUAUAUUUUUUAUUGUCGAUAUCAUUUGUAUAAAUUCAUGUUUACUC